AUGUCGGAUGUGCCAGAAUCAGCAGUUUCUGCCGAACUUAAGGCUUGGCUAUUCAAUGCCAUUACUGAAUCUAUACCCAAAGCUUUAGCGGCUUUCCGCGAGCAAACAAUCCCAGCCCCUACGGCGACCAUUACCCAACUCUCAGACUCUGAGGAUUCUCACGCUUCAGAGCAUGGAGAAGCCCCUCGCAAACGCCCUUGGAAAGGCGAUAGCGCCACCGCCGGUAAAGGCAAAGCGCCUGCUAAACAUCCUAAAGUGCCCUAUUCUAAACCCAAGCAAACCACCUCCCAACAUGAUUUUGACGCAUUUGAGGGUUCAACCUCUAAUUAUAAUCUCCAAGUAUUAGACGAAUACUACGCAGAACACUCUGAUACUGAGGCUCCGCCUCAUAAGUCAUUCCGAGACCUUUACCCGUCCGAUUCUGCAACUAAUGAACCCCCCCCUCAUACCCCUAGAGGAAUUCCAAUUGGAGUCUGA